AUGGGAUUCAUGGACGCCAUUACUAGGGAAAUCAAUUUUUCCACUCUCAUUCAUUUUCUCAUCAUAUCAAUCAUUGCCAUCUGUCUAUUUGUCUGCAUAUGUCCAUGCAUUUAUCACUUGGUGAAACAUGGAGAGUCUGCACACUCCAAUGCAGUGGCUCUUCAGCAUACACUCUACUUUGUGAAGUUGUUAAUAAAACCAAUAAACUAUAAUGGCUUGUUUUCAUGUCUUCCAUUAAUGCUGUUUUCUGAGCAUGAAUUUGUAAGCAUGAAGUCCAAACCCCAGCCCAGUAAUGGCCAUUAUGACGUAAUUUGUGUAUUGCUCAAAAUAACUGCAUUACUGUACUUAUUGUUGUGCCCACUUUCCGGGUUUUCUGUCUGUCCGGUCCUCUCUCACCCCCUCCCUUCGGGAGCGCACUGGUGCUCCUUCUCGCAAACACUCAUCUUUAUCGCACUCUUACCCAAGUCUCGUGUUUCUGGAGUUUGGCACACGCGCAACAUCACACUGGUCGCUGUGUCAUCUAAAUAUGUCUGUGUAAACGAAGAGCGAGGAAAGAGAAGCCGAGGGAAGAUGAUAUCGGCGCGUCUGUGGAUGCUUGUCUGUUUGGCGACUGCGUGUUGUCAGCUUGGCACCGGUGAUAGAUACGGUUGUCUGUUUGAUGAAGGCUUGUGUGCCAGCGGUCAGGUUUGCUGGGAUGAUGAGCUUUUCGGUCAGUGUCUUACACAGAAGCAGGAAAGGUUUCGCUACAAGGUGACUGCAGUUCUAUUGGACAGACUGCAGUCAUUACUGCAAACCCUUAUGAAGGAAGGGUUAACUUGGCAGGAUGAUGUCACCCAAUCAAUGAUUAAGAAAGAGCUUAGCAAAGUUCCGAAGAUCCCACUGUCUUCUGGGAUAAAGAAUGGCCCAUCCACAGAGUCUCAGAGUGGCUCUACAAACCAGCUCAAAGCCAAACCGGUGCAGCCUUAUAUGGACUACAUGAUUGUCGAUCCACCUCAGUCAUCUCUCCAUAUGCAGAGUCUGGAUCCUUAUGGUUACCAGCGAUAUGGUUACCAAGAUGAAGAGGAGCGCUCUUUGAACCUGGUGGAGGGAGGGAGGUACCCACCGCCCUCCUCUCGCAUUAGGGGAAAUACGCCACUUUCUCCAUCUCUAGAUAAAGAUGAUCAGCUUCUGCAGGAUCUGAUGACUCUCCUCCUUUCUUCACCUGCACAGCCCACCUCUCGCCAUCGUGUGGCAACACCUCACUCCACCUCAUCUUUUUUCCAGGAUCUGGACUUCCCACUUGACUACAAGGACUAUAACAAGGACUUCUUUUCCCAGGAUGAAAAGACCAAUAGCCAACAGGAGCAAAAGAAAGGUCCUCAGAAGUAUGGAGUGUUUUCUGGGCACAGUGGACCCACUCAACAGAGUCUAAAUGAGCUGCUCCUGCAACAUGGAUUUGAUCUAAACCACCUGAACCCUGAGGAGAUGGAGCGUCUGUUCACUGUCCUUCAGCUCCUGCAAAACGAACCCACAAACAAUCAGAGAAAACCUGAAACAAAGGAUUCCUCUGUGUCUCCAAAAGUGAUGAAGAUUACGGAGGGGGAGAUGACCCAUGUGGUGGAGAAGGCUUCUGCCCCAGCUACAAAUUCCUCCUUUUCUUCUCCACUCAACCCCGGGCUCGAAACCUCCCCUAAGGGGUCCCUAGGGGCCCCCCAGGAUAACUCCAUCCCAAUGGGUGCUAGUGUACUACAGCCUUCAUCUCUCAAACAAGAGGAAGGACGACUUGGAAAGGGAGCCUUGAGUGUGAAACCAGGAAAGAAUGAAACCAAGUUAAAGGAGGAAUUUGGAUACAUUGUCACCAAUCAGAGCCUUCUCACUCUGUACGAUGGGGUUCGUUUACUGAAGACCCUUGCUGAGAGGAUCCAUCUCACCACUGGCUCUUUCAUCAAUAUCAGUGUUGUUGGUCCAGCUGUCACUUUCCGGGUGCUCCCGAACAGCCAGAAUUUAACAACAAGUGAUGUGUCCGAAAAGGCCGUGGCUCAAAAGAACCUUCUAGAAUCAGAGACUGGUCUAAAGGUGCUUCAGGCAGGUGUUGGAGAGAAGAGCGAAGGCCAUGCGUUGCCAGUGGCAACACGUGUACGUGACAACACCCAGUGGGUGUUCCUCAUGUUUGUGGGCGUGGCUUGUGUGGGUGGACUCCUGGUGGGGGCGCUGACCAUUGCCUGCCUGCGCACCCAUGCCCGCCAGUUGGCCUCAGGGAAACUGGGACUUGGACCUGAAGCAGGAAAUGUGACGCAUUAUGAAUACCAGGAUCUUUGUCGGCAGCACAUGGCUGCAAAGUCCUCACUUGGCAGGCAGGACUGCGGGGUCGGAGCUGCAGGUGGUGCCGGUUCAGGAGGUGGAGGAGGAGGUGGUGGCGGAGGAACGGAUACGUCACGAGUCAGCAGUGUGUCGUCACAGUUCAGUGAUGCGCCUCAGCCAAGCCCUAGUUCGCACAGCAGCACCCCCUCCUGGUGUGAGGAGCCAGCGCAGUCUAACAUGGAUAUUUCUACAGGGCACAUGAUACUGGCAUAUAUGGAGGAUCAUCUGAAGAAUAAAGACCGUUUACUUAAAGAGUGGGAGGCCCUGUGCUCCUACCAGGCAGAACCCAGCACCAUCUCAGCUGCGCAGAGUGAAAGUAACGUCAAGAAGAACCGCUGUGCUGAUGCUGUGCCCUAUGACCAUUCUAGAGUGAAGCUGAAGGCUGAGAUUAACCCCUCCAGGACUGAUUACAUCAACGCCAGCACCAUUAUCGAGCAUGACCCACGGAUGCCAGCGUAUAUUGCAACCCAAGGUCCUCUCUCACACACCAUCUCUGAUUUCUGGCAGAUGGUUUGGGAAAGCGGGUGUACAGUCAUAGUGAUGAUGACGGCUCUGGUUGAGGACGGAGAAAAGCAGUGUGAUCGCUACUGGCCCGAUGAGGGCUCUUCUCUCUACCACAUUUAUGAGGUGAACCUGGUGUCUGAGCAUAUCUGGUGUAAUGACUUCCUGGUGCGGAGUUUCUACCUGAAAAACGUCCAAACCCAGGAAACUCGUACCCUCACUCAGUUCCACUUCCUGAGCUGGCCUGCACAGGGAAUACCCACCUCCACACGGCCUCUGCUGGACUUCCGCAGGAAAGUCAAUAAGUGCUACCGUGGCCGCUCCUGCCCCAUCAUUGUGCACUGCAGUGAUGGUACAGGCCGGACUGGAACAUACAUCCUGAUCGACAUGGUUCUGAACCGCAUGGCUAAAGGAGUAAAGGAGAUUGACAUUGCUGCAACCCUGGAACAUAUUCGAGACCAGAGGCCAGGAAUGGUGCGCACCAAGGAUCAGUUUGAGUUUGCACUGACCGCUGUGGCUGAAGAGGUUAAUGCCAUUCUCAAAGCUCUACCGCAGUGAAACAAAUGCCCAUGAUCGAGCACAUACAUACACACUCACAAAUUACAUUGCAACUACAUGCAUGUGUGCAUACAUGCCUUAUGUGGCCACUGAGGUUAGUAUUAGGGAUGCGCAUGAGUAACCAACUAGUCGAGUACUCCUUCUACAGAUAACUAAUUAAAUAAACUAACUGCAAAUUGAUUUUCCUUUUGCUGAAAUGAACGUUCUCACUAAAUCCUUCACUUAAAUCAUGUGACAGCUACAGUACUUGUGUUGGGUUGCACUGUGGUAUAGAGGGGUGAGAAAUUGUGCAAUAUUUUAAUCUUUAUGGUCAUGCUAUCCACUAGAUAAAGAUCCACUUUUAUGGUGCCAAGUGCUAAACUACAAGAGUUGUGAAAAACUAUUUGUGCAGCUUUUUUUCACAGCAGACUCUGCUGUUAGCCAAUUAAAUUGUCAAUGUAUAGCACUUGUAUUUCCAAAUUGAAUAUUACAGGAACACUCCACUUUUUUGGAAAAUAGGCUCAUUUUCCAACUCCCCUGGAGUUGAACAGUUGAGUUUUUACCGUUUUUGAAUCCAUUCAGCCGAUAUCCGUGUCUGACGGUAACACUUUUGGCAUAGCUUAGCAUGGAUCAUUGAAUCUGAUUAGACCGUUAGCAUCUUGCCCAAAAAUGAUCAAAAAUGUUCUAUAUUUUUCCUGUUUAAAACUUGACUCUUCUGUAGUUACAUUGUGUACAAAGACGGACAAAAAAUGAAAGGUUCCGAUUUUCUAGGUCGAUAUGGCUAGGAACUAUACUCUCAUUCUGGCGUAAUAAUCAGGGAAUUUGCUGCCGUACCAUGGGUGCAGCAGGCGCAAUGAUAUUACACAACCGUCAACUCUGUCACUUUCAGGCACUGCGUAAUAUCAUUGCGCCUGCUGCACCCAUGGUGUGGCAACAAAGUUCCUUGAUUAUUACGCCAGAAUGAGAGUAUAGUUUCUAGUCAUAUCAGCCUAGAAAAUCACACCGAAGAAACUACCGAAGAGUCAAGUUUUAAAUAGGAAAAAUAUCGUCAUUAUAUAUGGUCAUUUUUGAGCGAGAUACUAACGGUCUAAUCAGAUUCAAUGAUCUAUGCUAAGCUAUGCUAAAAGUGCUACCUCCAGACCCGGAGAUCGGCUGAAUGGACAAUGAGUUAGACAAUGCGCCUAUUUUCAGAAAAAGUGGAGUGUUCCUUUAAGUUAAACAAUAAAACAUAUAAGUAUUAGUGAUAAAACAUUAAAAUGAGAUUGUAUUUUUUUUUAACCCAGUGUGUAAUAAUUAUUUUAAAUAUUGGUUUUAUAUUUUUUAUUUUCUUAAAGAAAGGCAUAGCUUAAUUUAUCAUGUGAAACCAUUGUAAGCAUUAUGUGUCAUAUUUGUAAUUUUAUUUUAAAGAGGUCCUAUUAUGCUCUUUUACAAUGUCUUGAUUUUGUUUUGGGGGUAUACUACAACAUGCUUGGUUGUUCAAAAACCACAUUAUUUUUCAAAUAAUUUACAUUAUCACAAUACCUUUCUUCCAGCCUGGCACAAAUGGCUCGAUUAGUUCCGGGUUUGAUGAAGACCCGCCUUCAAAAAAUGAAAUGUGUUGAAACACUGCCACACCCCUCACAAAAGCAACAAGUUCCAUCUGUUCCAUUAUAGUUGAUGCUAAAGCAGUGUUGGGUCCUAUCGUCAGUCUGCGAAAAUCGCUGAUACAUGAUAUUAUCGUGCUAAUUUAUUUAUUUACAUACAUAGUUUCAUUGCCCGAAAACCAGCUCCAGCUCCAGCAUAAGGCAGCCUAACUUUUUUAUUAUGACUUAAUUUGUAUUUAACAUGACAAUAAUUGAAUAAAAAUAUUGUAAGUUAUUAAUUAUAAUGCUUACAUUUCCUUAGUUAUUCAAAAAACAGCUACAGAAAAAGAACAUUAAUAUUAUCUAAGAACUUCAUCACUACUUAGCCUAGCCUAAUCUAGUGCAAGUUUAUGCAUUUAAAAAAAAGUCUUGUGUUAUAAGUGAAGAUAUCUACACUCUAUGAUGAAUAGAUCUCUUCAUUGUAGUUCUUGAAAAGGGAUUUUUUAAGAAACAAAACAUCUCCAUUUGGAGUGGACUUUGAAAUUUGUAUAGAUCUUUUUUAUGCCCGAACAUACACACUGACUAAAAUUCAAAAAGUGAAAAAGCAUAAUAGGACCCCUUUAAAUGUUCAAGUAGGCAUAAAUAAUUCUUGUUUUCCUUGUUAGUACUUGACUUUAAAAUUACUCAGUGCCAUCCCUAGUCAUUUUUUUCUGCCUUCCUGCACUUAAACAUUCAAAACUACAUAUCCCAACCUGUUCUGCCUAAUAUUGCCUUCCUACAGCAUGUAAUAUCAAAUCUCCUUUAAAUUAUUGCUCUCACACACAAAAGUAUACUACUUGGACCUAUAUUUAAGCUCUUCAGGAUCUGAUUUCUUCCUUGCCUUCACUCUUGGUAACAAAAAUAUAAUUAUCUAAAGGGAAGUGCUUUUCUCCGUCUUUGCUUUCUCUUAUGCUGUCCUGUUUCACCGUGGUGAUGACUUUGUCCCCUUAACUACACUUCAUCAGUGUUAUGUGUGGGUUUGCUUCACAAUCCUCUUGUUAACUUGGGUGGUGGUUGUAGGGGGAGGGAAAACAGAAAGUGUCAUAAAGAGAAGCACUGCUGUAGUCUGGUCUCCUGUUUAGCUUAUUUAAACCAUGGUCAUGUGUAGACUUGCAUGGAAUGUGUGCCCUCACAAUUGUACACUUCCCUCUGCCCAUUUUUAAUCUAUUACACAAAAUUUUGACAGCUGCCCGCACAA